UUUAGGGUCAUAAGAAGAUUUCAAAGUGUUUGCUUUUAGCCUUAUAACAGGUUUACUGAGCGCCAGAAUGUGUCUAGGGAAUAUCAAACACUAAAUACCCCAGGCAGAUCCCCUAUAUAGCAAUUUAAGUAACAACUUAUUAUUAUUAUUGAUAUUAUCAUUAUCAUUGUUAUUUUUACUGUCAUUAAUAACUGAAAAGAAUUUUUAAUCGAAAUGAAUUUUAAAUGGUCCUUUGACCGAAUAGUGAUUUUAUUGUAAAGAUAGGUUUUAAUAGUUAUUUCUAUGAAGACUACAAUAGGGCGAAGAAAGUGAAUCGCCAGCUGGCUAUAACAUUAAUAUCGCAUCAGACCGUCGUAUGUUUCAGUCAGUGACUUUAUCAACUCGUCGUCUUCCGCCCCUGGCAAAAUAGAUCUCCGAAGACCUAAACCGGAAAAAAAUUCGCAACAAAUUGCGUUACUUCCGAUUCCCUCCAAAUCUGGCCCACAGGAAGAGCGGAUGUCAGUAAAUAUCGACCAGCAAAGGUCUGCAAAAGUGAAAAAUCGAAAAUUCUCAAAAAAAAUUUACAAAGUAGCACUAGGUAAGCUGUUAACAUAAAUAUAAUUUUUACUUCCAUCCGAUAUUUGACUGAGUCUGCAAAAAGGAGCCUACACUACAGAGGAUCUGUUCUGUGGAACAAGAUUCCCUCAGAGAUUAGAAAACUGCCUAGUUUAAAUGUUUUUAAAACUUCAAUUCAUGGGAAAGAUUUUUCUAAUACACCAUGACCCAUUGUAACUCUUAUUAUUCAUAAUGUAAGUUUUUGUACUUUUAACAUUAUAGUCAAUAGUUCCUUAGUCUUUUAGUCUUAGUAUUUUAGUCUAGUUUUAAACACGAUUCCUAGGAAGACCAUGUAAAAUGAUACGAUUUCGUGUAUAAAUAAAGAUUGAUGAUGAUGAUGAUUUAUUUCAGACGAACGGGGGGGUUAUUGGUUUCGCGGCUCUCAGACUGGGUUUUCCAGGCCCGAGACGGUGUGUCACGAAAAAAUCGUUUUAAAAAUCAAAUCAACUGUAAUGCAAACAGCAAAUAACUUAUUCAGAAAAGUACAUAAUUAUACACAUUUUAAGGGGUGAUUUACCCAGUUUCAACGAAAAUGGAAUAUUUUGGAGAUUUUUCAUUAUUCUCAAUAUUUUGAUCGUUUCCGUUCGACGAAAAAAUGGCAAAUUUCAAAGCCCAAAAUCAUCGACUGGUACCUCGAUUUCAGUAAAGAGUCUUAUACCACGUUAAAGAGCGUUAUCUCUUCUUUCAAAAUCUGUUUUCAAAACUAUGGGCAAGGUAAAAGAAAAUUUUUGAGGCCAAAAAAUACAAGUAGUACUUUUCUGAAAUUUGAACUUUCCUCGAUCAGCGGGGCGAUGCUAAAAACUCGGAAAAAUACUAUAAGAAAUCAGUUUGAGCAACAGUGGUUUGAUGUUUUCAGUUUUCAUAAACCAAGACGUGUUUAUCCAGCGAUCUGAUAUAAUUUAAAACCGUUUGCUAACAUGGGAAAGGCAGAUUUAAGCCCUAAGCUGUCAACUCCUGCCAAGUGCACCUUGUCAAAGGACAAAGCACUAAUUAAAAAAGUCUUAAAAUUCAAAACUGUUUACGUCCAGGAAAUCAGAUUUUAGCGUACAAAACAAUGUUGUUAGUGUUUGUUUGUUUCCCAUAUAUUGGAAAUGUGAAGUACUAUCCACACGGGAGAACAGAUCAACAACAGCAAAAAUCCAAACGGAAAAGAUUGCGUUACAUUUCACAGAACGACCGCUUACCACUGUUGUCACUCUUUGCGUGCUUUCACUGGAAAUGAUUCUUUAUCAGUACGAACCCGGACAGAAUAGGAUAUAAAGGACGUUUCUUAACACUCCUGUUGUUUUUUCCGGCUUUAGUCUCCUUGGCCUUGAGCGCUCCUCUCUUGCGGUUUUCGCGGGAGUUCAGGAUGUGGUCCACCUUGAUUUCACGGUCACCAUUUCGUUGUCAGGCAGCAUAGAGUCAGCCUUUCGUUGAUUUUUUGUCAAUGUCAUUUAAUUACUCAGUAUACGCUCGAUCCUGGCCUUGUAAAAUUAUACGUUUAUACUCUGAGGGAGCCAAAUAACUAUCUUAAAAGGGCAUCCCCCUUUUUUUCCUCGUUUAGCGUCGGCCGACCGACCCAAUUUUUUGGCAUUAUCACAAAAAAAGGGCAAAAGGAAAGGAAAAAGAAACGACAAGGUUUAACUUUUUUUAAAAUGAAAGAUGAGCAUUAAAACAACAUUUCCAGGCAUAAGAGGUUCGGUGGUGUAUCCCUUUUUCUAUGAAAUCGACCACUAUAUUUUCUGCCAUAUUGAGUUUGUUUCGAUUUGGUGAUUGUCUUGUUUAGGGACCAGUCAGUAAUUUAAGUUGGAGGAAGGGUUGGAGGAGAAAUUGUUAUUUAUCCCAAAUUAUUUCCAGACCCCUACUCAAUAGCACCCAUUUUCUUUUAAGUUGCCCAUAGUUUUGAAAACAGAUUUUGAAAGAAGAGAUAACGCUCUUUAAGGUGGUAUAAGACUCUUUACUGAAAUCGAGGUACCAGUCGAUGAUUUUGGGCUUUGAAAUUUGCCAUUUUCCUCAUCGAACGGAAAAGAUCAAAAUAUUGAAAAUAAUGAAAAAUCUCCAAAAUAUUCCAUUUUCGUUGAAACUGGGUAAAUCACCCCUUAAAAUGUCUAUAAUUAUGUACUUUUCUGAAUAAGUUAUUUGCUGUUUGCAUUACAAUUGAUUCACACCGUCUCGGGCCUGGAAAACCCGGUCUGAGAGCCGCGAAACCAAUAAUCCCCCCGCACGUCUAAAAUAAAUAUCGGAUCGAAGUAAAAAUUAUAUUUAUGUUAACAGCUUACCUAGUGCUACGUUGUGAAUUUUUUUGAGAAUUUUCGAUUUUUCACUUUUGCAGACCUCUGGUCGAUAUUUACUGACAUCCGCUCUUAAUAGAUUUAGCCGUCGAUUUAGCCGUCGAUUUAGCCAAUUAUGUGGCUAGUUCCAGCCCCCGGAGAGUUUUGAGCUUCACGCAACGAUUUUUCAAAAAACUAAAACAAUGGCACCCGAAGUGCGAUGUAAUUUGGGGCUGUUUUUGCCAAGAAUGAAAGCUUGUAUCGACGAAUUUCAACCAAAUAAAAGUCAAGCAAAUUAUUUUGAAGGAUUCUGGAGGAUAACAAGCAAAACAAACACGAAAAUUGAGGUAAGAAAACAGUUUGAAUCUUGCGUGCCGAUCGCUGAUUCGUCUCAGUCUGGAGCACAUGUUGUUGAAACGCAAUGAAUUCCUUCCCGCUUGGCCUUCGCUUAGCUUUUUGCCUUCAAAUCCUUGCUUAUUUUGAUGAAUUAUAUCAGCAAAUUCAUGUUUGCUUGUCUGUAACUAAAUAUUUCGAUGGAAACCUUACAAAACAGAGCGUCAAACACUUCAGCACGAGGGAUGCCGAAGUAUUGAAUGUCAUUAUGCUAAUUAGGAUAAACAUUAGCAUAAUCUGAUAGCGUCACAAAAUAAAUUCGUAGAAAAUUCCAAGCCGCUAUAUAUUUUCGAACGAUUUGCGGGUUGUUUGGCUGAGAUAUUGAAGAAAAACAAUUGUUUUUACCAUGUUACACAAAAUAGACGAAUUUCCUGGCAAAAUGACUUUCUUCAUAAAUUUUGAAAAAUGUCUUAUGCAGAAAUAUGCCUUGUUAAUUUUUUUUGCGGAAUAUUAUGGGUUUCCUGAGACCGAAAUAUUUUUUUUCUGAAAAUUUGAUUUUUGCCCUUUCCAAUGAGGUAUAGCUUUAUAUGGAGCUGUAAACAACAACAGAGAUAUAUUUUUUUAAAGUUGCAUUGUCAAAAGUACUUAAAAAUAAACUUGGAAGACGACGAGUUUUAAGACUUCCAUUACAUUUAGGGCUGAAACCUAUGACGUAUAUUAUACUACUACAUGAGAAAUUUCUGAAUUUGAUUGGCUUAGUGCAGUGGUAUUUCAGCUUUAUUUGAAAUACCAACAUGUGAAAAUUGCAAAACCUUUACAGGUAGUAGUAUAAACAAAUAAUAGCCUGCGUAGCUGGCGGUAUUGUGUGGGUGCGAGAUUAAAGUUUUGGCGGCGGAGCCGUGUUCCAAAAAAAGGGAGUAGGGACGAGGCGGUUGAAAUACCGCCUGCCAGAAAACCCCGAUAUUUUGAAUGGUCCGCACACCAGUGUGCGGGGAAACGGAUUUGUUGAGGGCCAUACAUAUGUCAAUCAUGUCAAUCAUUAAAACACUUUACAACUGCAUCUGAGAUCAAAUCCUAUCAGGAACACCUACAGAAGAAUAAACCACCGGAAAUGGUUACUCAGUAUGCAUGUAACAAACCAGCUUCAUGACCUUUUAAUGUUAAGCCCAGUGUUGCAAAAAAAGAUUUACUCAGUUAAAGUUUAGAAUGAUACAUGCACUGUGUAGUGCUAGUAACCUUUGAGUGAGAACCGAGAAAAUAAAAAAAGCCUCUGUUCAAGCAAAGUCACAAGGUCACGUUUCACAUUGUCAUGAGCUUAGGAGUCGUGUUUAGCCUGUCAACGCUUAUUUCUGAACUGUCUCGCGCGAAAAUAUUCGGAAGUUUAAAAAUUGCAGGUUUCUCCUUGAUUGGCUGAUUUAAUUGGGAUCAGCUAACGUGACAAAAGUGGGCGGCAUUCAAAAAAUCAUGGUUCUCUGGCAGGCGGUAUUUCUCGCGGCUUCGCCGCUCGUGACUGCUCCACCAUCAAAUCUCACUUGACUAUAUUACAACGGCUCCGCCGCCAAAUCUCACUCGACUACUACACAAUACCGCCAGCUACGCAGGCUAAACAAAUAAUAGCAUGAUUUGUACGUGAUUUGUGGCAUAAAUACCAUUCGUGACAUUUUAAAAUUGUCUCAAAUUUCACUCACCUAGCAGCUCGUGAAAUUACGUAUAACAAUUUAAAAAUAUCACUCGUGGUAUUUACGCCAUAAAAAAAUACAAAUCAUGCUAUUAUCUAUAAUAAUUAGACCCUUUAUUACAUUUAGGGCCAAAACUUAGUAC